AUCUAGCCUCACAUAUGCAAUAUCUAUUGUGGUAGCUGACAGGCAGCUAACCGAAGAAGCUAGUUUUCCUCAUCCGGAUGUGACAGCAGCCACUCCGGGCCAGCUGGCGAAUGAGCCCGGUGACUUGAAGCGUCUCCUGUGGGGAGGAUGGUGGUCAAACGAACAGUCACUCAACCCACCAUUAUGUGGUAAUUCUAUUUACAUUUGCGUCCGUUAGUUUAGUUGUGACAAGACGUUCGCCAGAGGUUUUCGUGAGCGGGGCGGACGGCGGCGACAGCUAGUCCUCUCCCCACUCGUUCGCCUCGGCUGGAGGAUGCUGAAGCUGUUCGGCGUCCUGGUUAUCGUCGGACUGGCUCUGGCGUGCCUCACUUCUUGGGUGCUGGACAGCUACGACACGGCUUGGCACCCGAAACGGAGCGUUCGGAACAGGGACGAGAGCGACCGGGGAAGCUCUCCCCCAUUUCCCGGGGACCAGCUGAAUAACAUAUUUUGGUUUGUACAGGUGUCCGACAUCCACAUCAGCCGCUUCCGUGACCCAAGACGAAUCCCUGACUUUGAAAAGUUUUGCACUGACACCAUCGACGUGAUCAAGCCGUCACUUGUGCUUGUGACAGGGGACCUGACCGAUGCUAAGACGGAAAGCAAGGUGGGCUCCCUCCAGCACGAAGUGGAAUGGCAGGCUUACCACAACAUCUUAAAGAGGUCUGGUGUGAUGGAGCGCACACGUUGGAUUGACAUUCGUGGAAAUCAUGAUGCCUUCAACAUCAUGUCGUUGGACAGUGUUAACAACUAUUACCGGAAAUACUCAGCCAAUCAGAAGGUGGGCUCUUUCCAUUACGUGCACACCACGGCCUUUGGAAAUUACUCCUUCGUGUGCGCCGACGCCACACUGACGCCGGGACCCAAGAGACCGUACAAUUUUUUCGGGAUUCUCAAUCAGACUCAGAUGGACAUGCUGGACGCGUUCAGAGCGGAGAGUCUCAAAAGCAACCAGUCGGUCUGGUUUGGCCACUACACCACCUCCACUAUUGUGUCGCCAUCACCGGGCGUGCGGGAGCUGAUGAGAUCAGCCGUGGCCUACCUGUGUGGCCACUUGCAUACGUUGGGCGGCCUGAUGCCCAUCUUACACAGCCGGCAUCCCCGUGGCACUCUGGAACUAGAGCUUGGUGACUGGAUGGACAACCGCAGGUACAGGGUUCUGGCUUUUGACCACGAUCUCCUGAGUUUCUCUGACCUGAGGUUUGAAGGGUGGCCGGCAGUGCUCAUCACCAAUCCCAAGGACGCGCAGUACUUGCAUCCCGGUGUGGAAUCAUUGGCCCGCAUACAGAGUUCCACACACAUCAGGAUCCUGGCCUUUUCGGAUGCCGAAAUCACGGCAGUGCGCGUCAGCGUGGACGGUGUUGCUUUGGGCGAAUGCCGCUCAGCUGGAGGCCCCCUUUAUGUGAUGCCGUGGGACCCAUCACGAUACCUCACAGGGCUGCACAUCAUCAGAGUACAGGUGGAGGACUCGUUGCACCGGCAGAGCACACGGGAGCACCACUUCACGCUGGACAAGAACGGCGUGACCCCGAGCUUCAGCUUCGCUCAGUCCUUCAUCCUUUUAACGGAUCACUAUGUAGUGGGCCGGGCAGCCUUCGCUUUCACCAUUCUGCUCAACUUGGGUUUGCUGCUGUCCUUCAGGUUCAUACGCCACACCCCCGCUGGCCGAGGUGAGAUAACCCCCGCCCCCACACGCUCAAUCAUAAAUACGCAGCCCACAAGCUUGAAUGAAUGUACUCUAUCAGGAGGGUGGUCCUCGCAAGCUUGCCUGUCGCUGCGGUUGGUCAGUAAAGUGGACUCCUUUUUCUACCCCUUGCUGGUCUUCAACAUGUGCACGGCCUUGGGCCCGUGGUUUAUCGGAGAGCUGAUUGACGGCCACAGUGGCGCCUGUUUUGCCUUCGGAGUGUUUAUCGACGGCCACUUCCUGGAGGGGAGCCUCACUUACGUGGUGGGCGUCACUCAGUUGCUGUUCUUCAACAUCCCGCUGACCUUGUACCUGUGCUGGAGCCUCCACCAGCGCUGCCGCGGCAACACCUUGCGCUCGUUGCUGCUGCGUCCGGGCUGCCGCUGGCGGUGCCUGACGGUGCAUCUACUCAUGCUGCUACUAUUGGCCUGGCAGGCGCACUCGUGCUACUUCCUGCUGGAGACGUACGGCAUUUUGGCCUUUCUUCUGUCGCCGGUGCGUAUGUGGGCACUGGGACUGGGCCUGAUUCUGGUCUACCACGCAUGGACCUGCCCCGUGCCAACCUGGAGCUCGGUGGCGGGAGGCGGCAACGGCAAGAUCUCAACGUCAUCCUGACAGUAAAUGGCCGUAUUAACCAUUCACCUUGGUAUUAUUUACUGCAUUAUGCAUGUUUUCAACUGUAAUGCACCAGUGAGCACAUUUUUGGAUGGAGGUCCAUUUGGUCCAAAAGUAACUUGUAG